UAUGAAAGCAAAUUAUAAAGUUAAAAAUGUCGGUUGUAGUAAUUGCCAUAGCCACUGAUAGUGGUGUACCAAUAUUUUCUAGGAAACGAGGCAACAGUGACACUGUACAAUUUUCAACAAUAGCAUCAUUACAUGGUAUUAACAUGUUUACUAAAUGCCACAAUUUAACAAUGUUGAAUACGCUUGUUGAUAAUGGCAAAAUAUUAUGGAAGGAGUACUGUAAGAGCGUCACACUUAUCGGCAUAGCAACUGGUGGCUUAGAAUGCGAUUUAGAACUUCUCUUGGCAUCUAUACAUGAUGUCAUGAUAUUUUGCAUUGGAAAGAAGGAACUAGAAACAUUAAAAAAUGUUGAUCAAACCAAAAGAGAUUUAAGACAGUGCUAUCCUUUAAUAGAUUAUUUGUUGGAAUCCCUAGAUCCGAAUGCAAUUUCAAGUCCAUUACCAACUUUAGUACUUGAUCUUGUACAGAGCUUUUUGUGUCCACAAGCUCAACAAUUGCAGCAAGCACUAGACAACUAUGCGGAAAGUGUAACUGGGAGAUGGGCAUGCCUUAGUAUACAUGGACAUCUAGUAGCCACAAGCUCAGAUUUUGAUGAGCUGAACCCAAGAGAAGCACGACUUAUGCUGUUACUGGCUGCUUCACAAGAUGGUGCACCCCUGCGCGAAACACCUGUAUAUUUACCUCACAUGAGCCCAAAUGUCGCAUUCAGAGCGGUGACGUGCAAGCUCUUAUCAGACGUUUAUAUACUAGUUGUGUGUGGAGCUACUCCGCCUCUAUCGCAAAUCGAUGAAAUAGUUUUGCUUUGUUGGGAAGGAUACGCUCAAGUAAUAAAAGAAGCCAAACUAAUACAUCCCAGGAAUUUUCCAAUGAGUAUAACAUUUGAACCAUGUGUUUUAGCUAUUCUAGUCAUAAACAUACCGAAGCGCAGGUGUGUAUUUUCGAGACAUUUGCACCCGACACAAAAAGGACGCGGCAUGUCCGGGUCACACAGAUUGGACAUACUAAGAACAUUUUACAUAACUACAGCCAGAGAUUUAGCUCCAGAAUUGCGUAUAGAUGACCAAGAGAGAGAUUAUUUGGCUGGUUUAACUGAAACAUAUUGGUGUUCAGAAUAUCAUAAAUGUCACGCUCAGAGAAUGAGAAAUCUGUUGUGUUGUGUUCUUUACACGUCUACCGUCCACAAUCACACAAUGAGAUCGAUCACAAAUCAAAUAUUGCAAGAUUUAAGUUCAAACAAAGAAAUAUAUUGGUGAUACCAAUAGAGCAUUGCAUAGAAGUGGUGAUGUUAUGCGUUGUUAUAAAUGUUUUAACUGCAUAUUUACAUCUCUAAAUCUGCCAAUGGCCUGAAUGGUUUGGAUGGAAGGCGGAUGACACGAAACAAGAAGACAAGAGGUUAC